GAAGCAUGGAGGGAAACGGCAUACUCCCCUGCCAAAGGGUCAUUACACUGUUGGUUGUAUCGAUAUAAUGACAGGAUAUUCGAACAAGAGCUCUUUUGUUCGCUUAUAUUAUCCCUGUGUCGAAACCGGAACUAUUAUGUCCAGCUUAAAGCAUGGAGGAAAACGGCAUACUCCCCUGCCAAAGGGUCCUUACACUGUUGGUUGUAUCGAUAUAAUGACAGGAUAUUCGAACAGGAGCUCUUUUAUCCGCUUAUAUUAUCCCUGCGUCGAAAUUGGAACUAUUGAACAUAAAGAUCAAUGGCCAAGAUGGGCAGAUGAUGAAUAUCUGGAUGGCUAUGCAGAAUAUCCUCCUUUACCAAAGUUUAUUUCGAAGAAAUUUAUUCAUUUAUUAUGUAGUAAGAUAUACAUACCAGCAAUACUGGACGGAAAACCCCUUACCAAAGAAAAACCAUUUCCAGUUAUAGUAUUUUCUCAUGGAUUAUACGCUUGCAGAACCACAUAUUCAGCUAUUCAUGUCGAAUUAGCUUCUCAAGGUUACAUUGUAGCAUCCGUAGAGCAUAGGGAUCAGUCGGCUUGUUAUUCCUUCUACAUGAAAAAAUCAAGAAUGUCAAAAUACGGUCCAUACCCUGGAUCAGAUAUUUCAGAAGUGGACGAAGAAGUUUUAGACACUGAAAUUGAAUGUGAAGAUUCAGAAAAAUAUCAAAAUGCGCCGAUCGAAAAAAGGAGACAUGGAAGUGAAAUGACUUCAAAACAACAUGUUUUAUUUCAUAGUGUAAGAAAACCUAUAUCAAGAAGACACGCUGAUCUACGUAAUAAACAGAUGUGUCAACGAGCUGAAGAAUGCAUAAGAGCAUUAGAUGUACUUGAAGACAUAAACAAUGGAAUUACAGUAAAAAAUGUUCUACAAUCAAAAUGCUCUUUAGAAAAUUUUCAUGGUUUGUUAGAUAUGUCUAAAGUUUGUAUGGCUGGACAUUCUUUUGGAGGCGCAACUACACUAAAAGUUUUAUCCAUGGAAAAACGAUUUAGGACUGGAAUUACACUUGAUGCCUGGACGGUACCGUUAAUAAAGGAAACUGAACUUGCUUCUUUGAUCACUCAACCUAUUCUAUUUAUUAACAGCAGCUAUUUUUAUACUAGAAGAACUUUGGAAGAACUUCAUCAAUUCGAUUCAAAUGAAACCGAACGGAUAUUUGCUACAUUGAAGAAAACCAUUCACAAUAACCAAUGUGAUUUGCCUUUUGUGAUUCCUCGACUGUUCUUAUUGCUCAGCGGAGAAAUUUUACGAGGAAACUCAUUCACUCAUUUGAAAUUAAUAAAUAGAUUAAUCAUGACAUUUCUUUCAAAACAUUUAGAUUUGAAUUUCAACGCUAGUUUUAAUGAUUACAUUAAAAGUAAAUCCUCUCAUAUUAAAGAAAAUGUUGUUUUCUAAUCAAUGCACAAAAUCCUGAAAGUUCAAAUCGGAUGCAGUUGCAUGCAAAUAUUAACUAGUUUUCAGAAGGCUGGACAGAAAAGCCAAAGAGUAAACAAUCGAAGAACAAAGCGAAGGUUAUAACCCCAUAUUAAAUAGAAGGAGAAGCAUAUUUCGUCACUUUAACUUCUGUGUCGAUCGACUAAUUUUAUCUCUGUAAUAUACAGAAUCGCAUUUUGGCCGAUCGGAAGUUUGAUAUUGGCAUACUUUACCGAGCGGCCAUUUUGUUAUAUCGUUUUUGUUUCAUUUAAGCUAAGACCAUCGAUAAUUUGUAUGACUAAAAUACUGUUUCUUUUAUACAAAGAAUCGAAGACUAUUAUGAAAUGAAGCGUCGAAUGUCAAAAAUCGGCCGUCGAAAAACGAAUAUUAGACUAACCCUCUUUCAUUGGUAACUUCAUUGUUCUUUCUGUUCUAACUUUCGUUAAGAAUUCGUAAUUUAUUAAUUUUGAAAUUAUGAUUAGUGUAUUUUUGUUUAAGUAUGGUGAUUCUGUAAAUUAUAUUUUAAAUCUUUGUAUUCUAUAUUCCUUGUGAAAUACUGGCUUGAACUUAAAAGAAUUAAACUUAAUCUACAAUGAAUUUGGAGUUUACAGAGCUUAUAUGUUAAUGAUAAUUUACAGCAGUGGCGUGCCGUCAUUGGAAGCGGUGGAAGCGCCGCUUUCCUUGUAUUUUCUAAAAAAUAAAUACAUAUUGUGC